CCCGUCAAUAUCACACACACAGGUAUCCACUUCGCUGCCCCACUGGACGUGUCCAUAUCAUAUACGAAACCGACGCCUAAAGUUUGAUUACGGCGGGGAUCGCAUAAAUAUGAGAUUCCGACUUAGUCGAUAUUUCAAAAGGCACACUUUGCUGCUGUUAAGUUGCGUAACCCUUAUACUGUUUUUCCUGAUUGAGUUUCCCCCGAGAUUCCAAAAUGAAAAAACGGAUGAUGUCAUCGGAAGUAUGGGGCUUUACUCGAGUACUAUUGUAGAAGUCAAAGAAACAGAGAUCAACAUCUACGAAGAUCCGAACUUUGUACCAGAUUUUACCGAGAAUUUAGAUCUGGUAAAACUGUCCGCAUGGGGUUAUGAACCUAAAGAGACAUGGCACCAACAUUACCAGGACCUGUUUCGGAAGUAUAACAUGAACUGGACUAGUAAAAGUUACCCCGAGAUGAAAUGUGAUGAACAUUUUAAAGAAUCUCUCGUCGAAAACAUGGAUGUGAUUUCAAACUAUCCACUGAACGUGCCUGAGAAAUACCUUCAGGAAUUAUUUCUUGAUGAAAGAGGUAUUGCGGAAUUAUCCAAGCCUGUUCCCAACCCAAUGAAAUACCCUGUUUUUGUUACAGCUGCGUCAUCAAAUCAUUACAGAGAAUCUCAAGGGAUGAUCAAAUCAUAUCACCAGCUCUUAGAAAUUCAUCCAGAUCUGAAAAUGAUAUACUUUGAUAUCGGGCUGACGGAUACACAGCGAACAGAACUAAGCAAGUAUUGCAAAUGCGAGGUAAGGACAUACGAAGUGGGGAAAUAUCCUCCUCAUGCAGCGGAUAAGCGCGGCUUUGCUUGGAAACCUGUUCUAAUACAAACAGUUCUUAAAGAAUAUGAUCUUGUUAUGUGGAUGGACGCUUCUGUGAUUUACGAAGGCACCUCCCUUGAUGAGGUGAGUCUCCGCACGAGACAAAGGGGGAUUCAAGCAAUGCAUGGAGCUAGUGCAGUGUGUGAGAGAACGGCAAAGAACAGUUUUGAUUUUCUCAAAGAAAAACCUUGCCUGUUUAAUCUACCAGAAGUUGAGGCCACGUGGAUUGUUAUCAGUAGAAACAGAUUCACACUCGAAUACAUUAUGAAACCCUGGGUUUCUUGUGGCCUCUCAUACAACUGCAUGGCUUUUAAGGGCAGUGACUUCUAUUUAGGAUGCUUAGGGAGCAGAAAGUUUCACAGAUGUCAUCGAUUUGAUCAAUCCAUAUUGGGAAUCAUAGUUAAUAGACUAUUUCAAGAAAAAAGGAGAGUUGUUGAAUUUGAUGUGGCACCGAUACUUCAUAUCCAAAGAAAUGCGCAUACUAAUUAUUUUGAACAACUGAAAAAACACAGCUGAGAUAAUCGCAACCUGACCAGUACUUAUGAACAAAUGUGCUGGUAGGUGGGUAACCUAUGGAGGUUUAUGCACCUUGAUGUAAGAUUAAAUUACAUUACAGUGCACGUGUUUGCAAAACAAUGAGCUAACUUAAGCAUAAAACAGGAUUGCCGAAAUAUUGAUUAUUGCGCAUUAGCCCAUUUUGACAAUUAUGAUUAUACUAUAAAUUGAUAUUUAAAUUUCGCGUUUGUUCUUCACAUUAGGGUUAAGUUUGUAAUGCAUGUAAAGGAACAGUCGACAGUCAAUGUCGGCUAGCUAUCUCCAGUGUGGUGAUUACGAUGUUGUAAUGCAUGUAAAGGAACUGUCGACAGUCAAUGUCGGCUAGCUAUCUCCAGUGUGGUGAUUAUGAUGUGGUAAUGACAUCACGAUCGUCAAUCUUACGUAUAGUCUUCUAACUCACAGUUUUAGGUUUGUAUACUGAAGAUGUAGAAUUAAUAUUGUUAUAACUUAUUCAACGAUUGUUAUUAAAUAAUUGAAAUAUAUAUAUUAUUUGUGAUUUUUGAUACUCUUCUGCUUGAUUAAAUGUAUGAUACCUUUGUCGGUCGGAUAUGACAUCCUUACGUAUAAAUAAGUUUGAAGUUUUGAGCUAUACAAUUUGUAACUGCUUUGAAGAUAUUUUCAUAUCCUAGACAAUUGAAUAAAAUCAAAAUAAUGUACUUGGUUUACAAAUUGUAUAUAUCACAUAUGUUUUUAGAUAAAUUGAAUACAAAUCUUGCAGGCAGUGCUACAGAUGUAGUAGUAUCUAAUGUUAGAAUUAUGACGUAAUAAAAAUAAUAUCAAAAAGAGCAUCAUGGCAUUCAUAGCGGAUAUGAAUAUCAUAUGAAUUUGAUAUUGUUUUAUAUACACUCGUGGCAACGCUGUAGAGUAGGAAACUAUAUUGAAUGUUGAAUGACAUAUUUACAAAGUAUAUUUAAGUUAUUCCAUGCAUACUUUAUUUUUUUUUAAAUAUUUAAAUAUUGUUGUGGUAUUUUUUGUUUAAUAAAAAACA